AUGACUGGUCAAAUCAACGGAUCUGUUUUGGAGCUGAGCUUUUUUCUGACCACAAGUAAAAUUGUACUUACUCUUUCUUUACAUCAACUCCAAACACUAAAUAUCGAAGCUUGGCUCAACACCAUCAAUUUUCUUUCAGUAGCAUACUUGAAGUUCUUGAUGAACGAGCCUGAAACAUUUAAUAUACCCGGUGGAUUCCCCGGUGGAAGUCAGUUUGAUAACACACAACCGAGGCAGCAGCUACUAUUCGACAGAGAUUCUGUUUCAACAUUAAGUACACCAAAGAAAUCAAAGGGAAAACAGGAAAAAAUUGUAACACCCUCAUCAUCUUCGUUCAAAUUUACAAACACUAAUGGUCGCCCACUUUAUCCUUCAUUUGCAACCUCCUCACCUGGAUCACCAUCCGAGAGACACACACCUAAGAUAGAUGACACUUUGACGGAUGGUAUAUGUGAGACAAGCUAUUGUAACAAGGAGAAUCAAUCAUUUGUGGAUGAAAUGGAGCAUUUGCAGAAAAAGCUUUUCUCAUCUAAGCUGAGCACCAAUGUGAUGAAUGAAUUCAGCCAUCGCUAUCAAAAACUUCGAGACGAGAACAUUGCAAACAUAGAGCGUUUGAAUAAUACUACAAGUAACGACGAGUUGAAGAGGAGGUCAUCUACACGGUAUUCGAGAGCUCACAAGUCCAGAUUCAACAAAAUGGAAUCAAUAAGCUCUCAUUAUGCUGCAAUCAGAGCUAAGCGUGAUAAACAGGAAGCACUAAGCAGAUCAGAUGCUAUUCCGAGGCUGAAGCGACAAACAAAUGCAACUGCCGUGAGGUCUAGGCCACAUAGAGCAGUUUUGGAAAUGCCCAAUGACAAUAUGGAGAAUCUCAACAGAACACCAGGUCAAAAGCAUAAUGCAAUGCAAAAAGUUGGCAGUGCUUCCAAGCGACAGAAGACGCCUACUGGAGACUUCAAAGAAGUUAUAGAUACUCCCACAAGGAAUAAACAAGAAAGGGAGAAGAUCCAGAAUACCCAUUUAGGCAGAUUGAAGAAAAAUGAGGCUUAUAAGACUACAUGCAAGCAGAGCGAUUCUGUAGCUGGGUACAAACCACCUCAAAGAAAUUUCAAAUUUCAGCCAUCACUAAAAGACAGUCUUGUUCCAAAACUUUUGUUUUCAAACAAGCAUGCAUCUGCCAGAGCAAGAACACCAGCAAAAUCUUCCUUUGAAAGAGAUGUUAGCUCUUUUAGUAAAGAAGUUAAAACGAAACCAACACCGCCUUUAUCAAAAAAGCAUCGUAUACCAUCAUAUUUACGCCCAACAAAGGCGUCCCUGCAGCGGGCAGUGUCCAACAAAGAGUUACUUGCACAGGACUCGAAAACUAAUUUGAAAUUCAACACGGAUAGCACACAUCAUUCAAACAAAUCAAAAAUUUCACCAUCAAGAGCUUGCUCUAAUUUACACUCUUUUCUUACAGAGCCUGGCUCGAAUUUUUCGCGUAAUACGAGCACACCGAUUCCAAGAUAUCCAACAUUGGGUUCCCAUUCAACGUUCAGCCAAAAUUUAAAAAACUAUAAAGACCUCACGGAAAGGCCACCGCUUUUUUCACAUCACCAAAUACCAAAAUCAAGGACUGUCUCCGGUAUUCCUAGAUUGGCAAAACCACGAACCUCUACCAUUCACAAGAGUCCUACCUCGUCCUCGAUAUGCAAGAAACCUUGGCAGUAUUGA